AUGUCUUCGGCAGACGACGCAGAAGCCAUCCAGGAAUUCAGCGAAUUCCUCAUCCAGGGAUACUGUGCCACCGUCGUGACAGUUCUGGUUAUGUACGAGUACCUCGUCACCUUGUCAGACGAGGUGGAGUACUUCUGGAAACGCAAGUUCUCGGGAGCAUCCAUUCUGUUUUUCGCCAAUCGAUACAUCACCUUGGCAUAUCUACUAUUCUCUCUGGCGUCGAGCUGGGUGCCAUUAUCGGAUGCAGGGUGUGCCGCUGCUGCUCAAGCCGACGAGGCGUUGGACGUUGCUCAGUAUCUACCGUGGGCAGUUUCGAUACUCAUAUUUCUGCUAUCUAUGGUCCCCUUCGGAAUCAACAUGGUCGAAGUUGUCGAGACUAGUGGGGUCAUUUUGCCAGACUUGGGAUGCGUAGGAACGAGUUCCGUGAGCGACGCACUUGGACUCAAUUUGACCAUUGCCUCUCGAUCAUGUCUCAUGGCCGCAGACGUCCUCCUUGUCCUCGUCACCUGGCAUGAGCUCUGGGGAAACCAAAAACUCACACGGCUAUUCCAACGGGACACAUUCGCGAAUGUGUUACUCAGAGACGGUACCAUUUACUUCAUCGUCCUGCUGAUCAUGAACGCGCUCCAUCUCGCCUUUACGCUCAUGGCUAUCGAUCAACCUGGCACCACCGUGUCAUACGUGACCAUCUUCACCGACCCGCUCACGUCGAUCCUCGUCUCGCGUUUCCUCCUCCGCCUGCAAUCCAUCAACCGGCGCUCCGUUCAAACGACCUCCCUGUUUUCCGACACCCCAGUCAACACGAUCAUGUUCAACCGCGUCGUCGGCUCUCUAGGCUCCUCCGUCACGCGCACCGGCGGCGCGGAGGACCACACGCACUACGACCCCACGUGGGCAGAAGACAGGCCCUCGGACGACGGCGUCCAGUCGAAAAGACAGCUGGACGCGGUCUUUGGACGACACUCGACUUCCCCGGCGGAGGCGAUCGAGCUGCGACCGGUGCAGUCGCCGUGA